AUGGGGAUAUUGAGAGGUCGUGUUGACUUAGCCUACAGAGCAUCAAGCGAUACAUUAAAAAUGCACAGAGCACUCCGCAUAGUGAAGUCCAACACCGACAUCUCUAGUGAUUACACGUGUGUCGUUUCAACAUUCAUGGAAGAGGAUUCAAGAACGAAGCAAAUGAUUGUUUUUGGGCCCAUUAGCACAACACCUGAAAUGCCAACCGCGGCGGACAUGCAACUCGCUGCGGCUAUUGGCUCUAAAGGCAUCACACUGAAUAUCUACGCACCGGGUGAAAUUCCAAGUGUUCCAGCUAUACGUCUAGUCAUGUUGUCCAAAGUCGUAUCUUAA